AUGUUCGAGCAAACGAUCCGCGGUCCCACGCAUGUCCAGUUCACAAAGCUCAGUUUAGUUCAGCCCAACCCACGAGAAUGGUCGAGAAUGGUGCACGGAGGUUGGUUCGAAAUAGGUCCAGACUGGCAGGAGGAAAACAAAGGGCAGAUUCUGUCGCAAAAGGUCGCAGACGAGUCCGUUGCAGAUCGGAAGAACGACAGAGCAGAGCCUCUUGUGUACGCUCGGGAUCUCCGUUGGCCGCAGCGUCUACGGCGCUAA